UCUCUCGUCCCUGCCUUCCUAUUGGUCCAUCCCGGAGCCGGUGCGUUCGACCCCGCCCCCUCUCCCCUCACCUUAAAUACAACGCGGCAUAGACCCCGUGUGUGGUUCAGUCCGCACCUCCACCGCAAAGCACCUCCAUCAGGCAGCAUCUCCUCAUCACAGCACCUCCACCCUAAAGGACCUCCACCCGGCAGCACCUCCUCCCCGCAGCACCCGGACAUGGAGAACCCCAGAGUGUUUUUCGACAUCUCGGUGGACGGAGGGCACGCGGGCCGCAUCGUCAUGGAGCUCCGGGCCGACGUGGUCCCAAAGACAGCAGAGAACUUCCGCGCGCUGUGCACCGGGGAGAAGGGCUUCGGCUACAAGGGCUCCACCUUCCACCGGCUCAUCCCCAAGUUCAUGUGCCAGGGCGGAGACUUCACCAACCACGACGGAACCGGUGGUAAAUCCAUCUACGGGGAGAAGUUCGCCGACGAGAACUUCGAGCUGAAGCACGCGGGCCCCGGCACGCUGUCCAUGGCCAACGCCGGGCCCAACACCAACGGGUCCCAGUUCUUCAUCUGCACCGCCAAGACCGACUGGCUGGACAAGAAGCACGUGGUGUUCGGCAACGUGGUGGAGGGCGCCGACGUCGUCAAGGCGAUGGAGAAGCACGGCACCAAAAGCGGCACCCCGAAGGCCAAAGUGGUCAUCGCCGACUGCGGCGAGCUGAAGUAGAGUUCCUCUGUCCUCCACGUUGAGGAGCAGGAGCACUGGACUACACGUCCUAACCCUAAACUGCUCUUUGAGGACCUCGUUCAGUAAUAAAAAUGAUGCUGACGGGGUAAAUAAAACCAGAGAGAGAUUACGUUGUGUAUUAAUCAACACCUGCUUUGUUUGUUUGUUAUUUUCAUAAAGAAAUCACAACGUUAUAAUUUAAUUAAUGCCAUUUAGAACCAAACAAGUUAAAGUACUAAUAAUGAGACGUCUUCUUCUAUUGUUGCAGUUCAUCCAUUUGACCACUAGAGGUCCUCACAUCUCACAUCUCAUACCUUUGUAUUCUUCAGUGGUGUUCUGGUUAUAUUUAAUCUUAUAUCACUGGAAAUACAACAACAACAACAUAAGUAUACGUGUAUCACAUUAUAUGAUCUAAAGUGUAUGAACGUUGUUUAAAAUCAUUAAAGCUGCUGAUUCAUGAAACCUUU